CGAUUUAAACAAAAUCAUCCAUUCAUAGUGAAAAUAAUUCCAAAAUUUAUUCAGGAAAAAUUAUUCCAAAUUCGUGUUUGGUUAGAUUCAUGGUUAGCAUUGGAUCAAGUGGAUAGGAAAUUAUUUCAAAAUCAAAAUAAAAUGCAACUAUUUCCACAUGCAUCGUUAAAAUGUCGUACAAAUAUUUUACUAUUUUUAUUCGGUAUCAAUAUUUUCAAUUAUAUUUUACAAAUUACUGUCGUAAUUGUAAUUUUUAUAGGCGCUUGUAUUAUAAUCAAUCAAUAUAAUACAAUUUUCCUAUCACAAUGUGGUAUAAUUAUAACCGAUUCGAUAAUUGUAACCUAUAUUAUAUUUCAUAAUUCUGUACGGAAUUUAAAUCAAAAAUUCAUUCGGAUUUUAAAUAAAUUUCGUAGUCAUCAACGAUCAAAUAUUACAAUGUUUAGUUUGAAGGAAAAAAUUUUACAAAUUCAAUUCAUUUUUCGUCAACAUAAUCGUUUGGCUUAUUAUCUGCUAUCAACAAAUCAAGAUUUAUGGAGUGAAAUAUUUUAUUCAUUAUCAUUAGUUAGUAUACCUAUUAAUAUAAUAUUUAUGUCGGAAUUAAUUUUUGAAGAUUUACCUCAACAAACACGUUGGUUAUUUAUAUUUUUAACCAUUAUACAUGCAUCACCAUUAUUAAUUUCAUUUAUGUCAUUGGCAAAAGUAUCCUAUGAUUUUCAUCAGAUUAAAAAUCAAAUACCAUCAAUGCAAUUACAAUUAAAACAUAAUCAACAUUUACGAAUUAAAUUAAAAUAUGAUAAUCUUUAUGAACGUCUGAUGUUUGGUAGAAAAAUCUGCUAUACAUUUGGCUAUCUGGGUAAUCUAACAUUUCGUGGCCUGUUUGAAGGAUGUCUGGUUUAUAUAAUGGCUUUUUUUCUUGUCAUUCGAUUUUAUACUGAAUCAAAAAAUUGAUAAUUUUAUGG